UUUAGAACAGACAUCUCUUUCUCUCAUUGCACUCACUAUAUUGCUAGGGGAAUCUUUCAUGAGAAACGACUCCUCCAUGCCAAAAAACCAUCAAUCAAUCAAAAAUGGCCUCAAAGAUCGAAGUCCUUGAUUCUGAUCUCUUGGACCUCCCUCCAAGUUGCAUAGAAUUUUGGCCAAAUAACCCUUCAUGGUUCGUGAUUGGUACCUAUGAGUUAGACAAGGAAGACGAAGACUCAUGGGUAAAUGUUGAGAAGGCUUCGAGUGAAGUUGUUGUGAAAACAGACUCUUUUCCCAAUAAAGAAGGAAUAAUCUCUUCCGCUCCUUUGAGUUUAGUCGAUUAUUCUCACGAACCACUGGUUUUUGUGGAAGAUAGCGAUGUUAUUUCGGAAGAAUCGAAAGACCAAUCAGAACCUCCAUCGACUCUCCAAAAAAGAAAUGGGAGUGUAAUGCUAUAUCAUCUUGAGGAUGGUUCCUUGACCCUUUGCCAAUCACGUCCAUAUCCAUAUGGUGCGAUUUAUGAUCUUCACUUCUGUCCCACCGACCAAGAUUAUUUUGCAGUUUCCUCCAGUACGGGCAGAAUAUCUCUCUUCAAAAUAACGACUAAUGAGGAUACUUCUCCCGAUAUCGAACACGUCAAUACAUGGAAAGUAUUUGAUGAUUCCGUUUUGAUCACCUAUUUUGCAUGGUGUCCUUCAACAUCCACAGAUGGCUACCUAUCUUUAGCUGUAACAGCUUCAACCGGAGUCGUUCAGAUACUUAACAUUACUGGCGCUAUAUACGGCAAGAUACACGGUUCGGACUUACACAUGAGAAAGGAAGAACCGCCAGUAUCAUUGCAUUCCUUGAAAAUUCCAUAUUCUGGCGAGGAGCCUCAAUAUGCAUAUUGUUGCUAUUGGGCUUGUCAUCCUUACACAUCUUCCGAAAACUUCCACGGGAUCUUUUCAGGAGGCGAUGAUUCGAAACUCCGAACCUGUAUUCUAGGAAAUCCCCGUAAUAGGGAUAACCAUGUUGAUUUGAAUUUACAAACGUCAUACUCGGGGCAUGAUGCUGCUGUUAUCUCUAUUUUACCAUUACCAUGCGGGGGUAAAAGAUGGAUUCUCUUAACUGGUAGUUAUGACAACAAAGUCAGAGUCAUUGUCAUGGAAUGGUCCCACGGCCCAGUAACGUACGAUCAGCUUGCAGAGGAAACACCAAUCGAUGUUGUAGCAGAUUUGGAUGUUGGAGGUGGAGCAUACCGACUUGAAUUCCUCCACGAAUAUCCCAGACCAACCGAAAACGAAUCCAGAAUUGAGUCCAGCGACGAUAUUUCAUUCCAAGUACUAGCGUCAUGCAUGGAAGUCGGCGCAAAAAUCCUAAAAGUAGAACGAAAGGAUAGCAUCUGGAGCGUUAAAGUCCUCGCAUCCAUUAACAUCGAAAUUCCCAAAUGGCCAAACCCAACCAACAAAUCUCAAUUAUGUUAUGCCAGCGCAGUUCAGCCUGGUAGAAGAGAUGGAGGUCUGGUAUUUCUAAGCUCCUAUUUUAAUAAGAGACGACUGAGUGGCACACCGAAAAAAGUACAACCUACUAUCACGAAUGAAGAGAUGAUUUUCGUUAGCACGUGUUUUAACAAGCGACAGUUGGGUGUCUAUAAAUUUGUGGAGGGGGGUAAUGAUGAGAUUGACGAAAUUGCAGCUGGAGUUGAAGCUCUUUGAGCAUGAAAUUUUUUGAAUGAUGGAAAAAUUGGAACGUUAUAUUCUUAAUACUCGCAUUGCUAAAACUCUGCAGUUAAUGAGCCGUCGGAUGAAAGCUUGUUGGAGGAUAUUGCCGAUAAUAUCACCAGCAUCAAGAUGGAAAAACACCUCGCAUGUCAACAGACAUUAAAUCUUUGGGGGAAUGACCUUAAGAAGGAACAUCUGUAUUUAGUUAAAUAUCCUGACUCCAAAAGGUAUUCGAAUUGUAUUAUAUAUCGCAAUGCAAUUUGCUUGAUAAGAAAGUUUUCAUGUCAGACGAAUUCCACUCACUUAGCAGACAAUUCCUUCUGAGCCCAAAAUUUUCUCAAUACAAUAAUUACAAUACCA